UCUGUUCGGUACACCUCCCCCACUCCGCCGUACUCUGGUGCCCCUCCCCCCUCGUCCCAGGGGUACCACUCCGGACAGGCCCCCGUUCACCCCCUGUACCCCUCGGGGCCCCAGUACCCCCCCUUUAAUCUGGGCUAUCAGUCUUCUCCUGUCCCCGAAGACCUCCAGCUGCGCCCGGAGCCCCUGGAGCAGCUGCAGCCGCCCAACGGGGACGCCAUGGCUGGCCACGCCCACCUGAGAGCCGCCAUGGCUCCUCCGGACAGUCCCGCCUCUGCUAAUGUGGCUAACGCUAACAACAGAGCCAUGCUGCUUCCUGCCGGUUUUGGCCAGAAAAAGGAGAGCGGGGAGAAUACGACCCGAACGGUGCUGCUGGUUGACCCGCCCCUCAACAACAAGCCUAUCCUGGCCGUGGUCUCAAACCCUGACAUGAAGGACGUCCCCUUCAAGCCCAGCGGCAGUUCUGGCUCCUCCCCCAUUUACCGCCACAUCCGAAACCGCGGGUCCCCCUACCAUCCGCUGGGCGGCGCCGAGCCGGGUCAGCAGGGAUACCCGGUAACCGUCACCAUGACGGAGCCUCUGUCGGUGGCUUGCAGCACCGAGGACAGCUGGGAGGAGGAGGGGCUGAGGCCGGGGCCUGGCAUGGGGCCGGGGGCCGGCAUGGGGCCGAGCAGGAGCUACAGGGGGCCAGGUGGACGAGGGAGGAGGGGCCAUGAUGCCGGGAGGGGCGGGCCACGGAGGCGCUACACAGACAUGGAAGUGAGGCAGAGCUACGUCCAGUAUAACUCCUCCUUUAAGGGGCGGGGCCGGGAAAGAGGAUACUAGCUCUCAGCCAAUGAGAGACUAGGAUGUAAAAGUUCGACUUCUUUGAUCCCAAAACACGAAAUCUCACCGUUCAUCCAAAUUGUUCAUCUCAAAAAAUAUAUUUUUAACCCCAGCUUAUUAGCUUAGCUUAGUUAGCAUAAACAAUCUUACGUUUACAUUUAUGAACAACUGAAUGUACAAAUUGAGGUGGGAGGAGCCUGUUUCUAGAUGAAAUGCACACCUUAGCUGCCCUCCUGCUGAGAGCGAAAAACUGUUGCGUUUUUGAGACGUCUGCUGAAAAAAGAAGCACUGAUGUCUCUUUUAGCAAGCACAACAUCCAAAGCCUUUAAAAAGACUUCCUGAUUUCCCAUGUCACUUGAAUGCACCACGGCAUGUAGAAGUAUUACUGCAGAGAGCCUCGCAUCGUUCGUGUUUUGGGACAGAUACCAAAAAGUCGGAGGUUCUCUGCUGAGCUCAGGUUGGUCUGUUUGUGGUUCUUUAGAUCAACUCUAACCUCGCUGGAGUCAGUGCCUUAAGUUUGCUGCUUUUACUUCCCAGAAACACUGCUGUACAAACGAAUGUUGGGUUUUUCUAUGUGAUUGAAUAAAUAAAACUUUGGUUUCAACCGGA